AUGGAGCGCGCUUUGUCGAUUCUGUUGUGCCUCAGCCUAACAACAUUGCAGUUUAUUUCAACACACGAGCAUGGCGAUGGCUUUAAACCAGAUGGCGAGAUCCUCCGUGUGCUGGUCAACACUUCAGCGCAAAUUAAGUGUGAUGUCGGUUCCAGUUUGCCAGACGAUAAAGUUUUACUGGUCGUUUGGUAUAAGAAUAAUCUUCCAAUUUAUAGCUAUGAUACACGCGGUGCGCACGCGGGCACGCCAUCCCAUUGGCGGGAUGAGGACGUGCUAGAAGAUCGCGCUGUAUUUCGCACGCAUAAGGAGCCAGCUGAAUUGAUAAUAAAUCCGCUGAAGGAAAAAGAUGCAGGGAAUUUUCGUUGCAGAGUGGACUUCAAACUCUCGCAAACUAGAAAUAGUAAUGUUAACUUGGAAGUUGUCGUUCCACCACAGCAGCCGGCGAUUGUGAGUAAUUCGGAUGGCAGGUCGGAUACGCGCGCCGGUCCGUAUGAGGAAGGCGGUCAACUGGAUCUGACAUGUGUGGUGUACGGCGGCUCACCACCGCCUACGGUGACUUGGCUCUGGAAUGGUCACAUUCAGAAUAGUGUUGUGGAUUUCACAGCAGAUGACACCAUUAAGAGCAGAUUGUUGGUGAAGAAUUUGUCACGCAUACACCAACAUGCUGUGUUCACGUGUCAAGCGAGUAACUUUCACAAGAAAUAUGUCUCCACCAAUAUCACCAUUGAAUUGUAUUUGCGRCCGCUAAUGGUUGAGAUUUCCUUCAAUAAUCAACCGAUGUCUGCUGAUCGGAAAUACGAAAUAGAAUGUCAAGCCAUCGGCUCGAGACCGCCAUCCAAAAUUACUUGGUGGAUGGGAAAUAUGGAGCUGUUGGGGCACAGUCAGAAGGUUUCGGAAGAUGGCAAUGUCAGCCUUUCCGUACUCAGCAUUACACCGACACGUGCCGAUCAUGGCAAAGCGUUGUCCUGUCGAGCGACGAAUGAGCUGGUGCGCAGCGGCAUACGUGAGACGGCGAUGAAACUGAAUGUAUUCUUUAUACCAACGCUGCAGCUGGACUUGGGYUCGAAUUUGAAUCCGGAAGACAUUGAAGAAGGCGAUGAUGUCUAUUUCGAGUGCAAAGUGCAUGCGAAUCCGGCAGCUUACAAAGUUGUGUGGAAGCAUAAUAAUCAAAUCAUUCAACACAAUCAACGCGCUGGCGUCAUUGUGAGUAGUGGCGAUUUGGCGUUGCAGGGCGUGACUCGGCAUCAAGCGGGCAACUACACCUGCACGGCUUCGAAUGUUGAGGGCGACGGUGAUAGCAACGUUGUGGAGCUAAAAGUGAUGUACAAACCCAUUUGCCGUCCGGAUCAGAAGAAAAUUUAUGGUGUGGCGCGUAAUGAGGCCGCCGAGAUUUUAUGUGAGGUUGAUGCAUUUCCACCACCGGAAAAUUUCAAAUGGUCCUUCAAUAAUACGGCAGAGACAUUUGAUAUGCCGCAGAGUGGUUUCCGUGCACAUUCAGCGCAAGGAUCGACAUUGACCUACACGCCGGUCAAGGAAAUGGACUUUGGCACCAUCAUGUGCUGGGCGGAUAACAAUGUUGGUCAGCAAAGAGAGCCCUGCGUCUUCCAUUUGAUUGCAGCUGGCAAGCCAGAAAUGCCAGCGAAUUGCACCAUUUUCAAUCAGACAUCCGACUCGUUGGAGGUCUAUUGUAUGGAAGGCUUUGACGGCGGCUUACGGCAAUGGUUCCUAAUGGAAAUUUUCGAUCAGCAUAGUGGCCAGUUACAAGCCAAUAUCUCAUCAAAAUAUCCACUUUUAAGUGUCACUGGACUGGACUCUGGCCGUCUCUUUCGCAUAUUUGUUUAUGCAGUGAAUUUACGCGGACGUAGCGAAGCCGUGCAGGUGGAAGGCUAUACGCUGAAAGCGGCGGAGAAGCAAACAGUUGCGCUAACGUCCUACAAAGGUACACAAUCCAAUUUCGAACUCACACCCAUACUGUCUGUGGGCAUUUUCGUUGGCAUUUUGGUGGCAUUGGUGUGCAUUACCAUCGGCACCAUUGCAGCAUUGAAAUUACGUUCACACAAACAACAGCAAAAAUAUCAACAUCAAAAUGCGAAAUUCUCACGACCAGGCAAUUUACAAAUUAAGGACAAAAUCUCUUUGCCAUUAAGUCAUUCGGAGGAGAUGUACGACGAGAAGAAUCCCGAUGUCGUGCCAUACAAUGAAGUCGAUGGUGAAUACAAACAGAAAUCAGCAACACAAACACCAUCCGGCCAUCUGUCGACGACAAGUGAAGCGGAAAUUAGCUGUAAACCACUGACGGACGAGCUUGGCGCAUACAAAAGCAACAAGGAUGAUGAGCUGCACUAUGCUGAGCUAACACUGGCGCCCGGCAACGCCAGCACCAGUGGCAUACCGAAAAAGUCCAUUUCGGUCGAUUGCAGUAGCAGCAUGUUGCUACAAGGCGCCGGCAUAAAUACAAACAACAUGUCCGUCACUAUCGGCGGCACACUGCCGCACGGCUCCAGCGUACGCAAGAUGUUGCCCAACAUACCGGCCAAUGCCGGUGCGAGCACAUUACAACGCCUCAAGCAGCAGCCAACGGCGUCAGCGCAACAAACACCACCACCACCACCAUCGUACGAUUACUUUGAAGAGCCGACGAUAUACGCGCAGAUAGAUCACUACAAAACAACAACGACGGGUGGCACGCCAAAUGCUGGCUGCUCGUCAUCGGCCUCCGUAUCGCCCUUCCCGCCAAGCAUUUCUUCGCCCGCCUCACAGGGCACACCAUCGACGGUGUCGCCCGGCGCGGUGCAGAUGUACACAAUGCCCUCGCAUCCGGGCGGCUAUCAUACGCUGCCGCACAAUCAUCAUCAUCAGCAGCAGCAGCAACAACAGCAGCAGCAACACCUACAACAGCAACAACAACAACAGCAGCAGCAACAACAACAACAAGCCCAUCAGCAACACAAUACGUCCGCCUCGUCGAUGCUGCAAAUGAUGGCGGCUGCGGGCGUGGUGCAUGGCGCUGGUGGCAAUAUUUAUCAUCAUCAUGGCACGCUGCCAAUGCCGCCCACAUAUCAACAACACCAACAGCAGCAACAACAGCAAUUGCAGCAACAGCAAGUCACCGGUCAAAUGUUGGUGUCGAGUAAUAGCAGCGGUCUGGGCUCGGCUACAACAACAGCGGCCGUGACAAGCCCGAGCAGUUCGCUGUCCGGUCUCUCGGCCAUUGGCAAAUCGUAUUCGCGCGAAAUUGUGACGGUACGAACGCCGCUUAUGUACUCGCAGCAGGAGAGUUGUGUCUAAAAGCGUGUGGCGCAGGCGCAUGGCCCGCUUCAGGCAUACUGAAGCCUGUUCGGGAUUCAAUUUUAUCGCAAGAAACUGGGUAUGAGUUGUGAGAAAUGGAAAAGUAUAAGUUAUAUAUACAUUUAAAUUGGUCUGAUUGGGUUUCUGAUGCAAUGAUAUAGUGAGUUGCGCGUGUAGUAGUUUAUUCGUAUAUAGAAAAUCGUUGAGAUUAAAGCAAUUGUUUUUAAAAGCUUUUUUGUGUGAGUUGUUUUUGUAUUUAAUCCUUCAAUUAGCUUUUAAUCAUAACGCUUAAUUUUAACUAACAAGUAAUUUUCAUAAUUCAAUUGUUGUUAUUCCUUAUUCCUUAGUUCUCCGAUUCGAGUUUUCUAAUGCCUGCUCUCUGUCCGUACAUUUUUACGUCUUUUGUUGCCUACAAGCAGGCGCAAUGCGAAAUAAAAAUUUGCAAAUUUA